AGAUAAAGCGAGCGAGCGCCAACUGCGCGCGAGCGCUGAGCAUGUUAUGCAUAUAGCUAGCGCAUAGCGCAUGCAUGCAGCUAGCAUAUGCAUAGACAAUUACAAAUAAAUGCGGUAAUUGCAUGCUGCUACCAUAGACGGUUACAGUGCUCUAUGUAAUAACGGUAUGGUAACGUUUUGCCCGCCAAGCCUUCCGGGCGGAAUCUAGCUAAGUACAGGAUUGUGGAUCAUCACGACUUUCGCAAACAAUCUUCGUGAACAAUAUAGGCCUAGAUCUACAGACUUUUAUAAGCGAUGUCUUUAAAAUACAAAAAGGGAAAUGUGCUCAGUUGCACCUUGAAAAAGCCUGUUGAUUUAUAUGCCAAGACUUCGGACGGUAAAGACAAACUAGGCCCAAGUUUUUGUGCUUGUGGUGUGUCUGUUGUGGAUAUAACCUUUCCCAACUUUGAAUUUGUCGAUAUUGGAGAUAUCACAUUCAAGAAUAACUACACUGGGUUCAUGUCAAUGAAACUAAGGCGGAAUAAAGAUGAUAACCAAGGUGGGUGUAAAUGGUUAACAUGUAUCAAACCAACCCAGCUGAUGCCUGAUGUACAUUGUGAUAUCUCUUCUCAGGAUUACUUCACAUUUACAAGAGAUCAGAUGCUGGUUUCACCUGACAAGGUUACUGCACUUCGUCUGAUCCUGCAGCAGCCGUCUUCGGUCUGGGCCAUCUUCGGGGUCGACAAUGUGGUAAUCACAGAAUAUAAUGAAGAGAGAGUGACUGUUCCUCCAAUGGUAGAAUGGUUGGAAAAGCAUCAGUAUAAAUUGGCUCAGUCACCUCGACCUGGCUCAAAGAGUUUAUUGCCCGUUGAUGAGAUUGCAGCAGGAGUACAGAGGCUUUGGGCUCUGACAGCUAAGGUACAGGAGCAGCAGACAGAGAGUGCCCUAGGAAGAUUUGAUGUUGAUGGUAGCUAUGAAGUCAAUCUCUUGUCCUAUACCUGAAGCACCCUUCUCAGUAUGACAAUGAUGAUCAAGGGAGAGAUUACUAGAGCCAAGAUGAUGAACAGAAGCAUGGGUGUAAAGACCACUCAGCAUAAUGAGGUAUAUCUUGAAAACCUUGAAGGUGAUUAUCAGAUGUAGCCUGCAGAAGAUUUCAGUUUGUUCGGUCAGGCAAUAGAAGUUUCUGUUUGGUACUUAGUGCAAUGAAGGCAGUGCACCUUGCACUAAUCUGAUGUAGAGAAUUGUACACUUAUGUGACCAGAUAGUCAUGGCUCAAGGCUGAUUCAUAAAGCUGUUAAAUAAGAUGCCUCAUUUUUAGUGUAGUAUUUUAAGAUAACAGGAGGAGCCUUCUAUUAUUAUGUAUUAAAAUCAAAUCUUGAAAAAUAACAAAUUUCACAUUUAAAUACUUGUUAUUAUAAUGAUCAUCCUUAUAUAAAAGAAUUUGAAUUCAUCUUGGCCUGAUAGGAAUUCAAAUGAUUUGCAGUCAACCUGAUUUAUCACCCAACUUUCAUAAAGUUGAACUUUAUAAUACCCCACCCUAGCUAGUAUUCUAUGCUAUACAUUCUAUUCAAUGUGUCACAAAAAUGAACUUUAUUUCGUGGCUGUAAUAAGAUAUUUUCUGUAUUAUGGUUACACUUUUUGAGAUUAUUUUUCUUCGGUUACUCAGAAAUAUUAUGCAGUGCUUUCAGUAACAUUUAGUUUUUGAAAUCAAAUUGAUUUCUUAAUGAUUUUGAUUAAGAAUUUUGGCUUGAUUUUUGUUAGUGAAAGUAAAAUGCAGAAUAUAGAGAUAAAGGCAAUUUAAGUAAUAUCUUUUAAGUAAUAUGAAUUUUACUCUACCGGUAUUUAUUGAGAUAUAAAUAUUUUUAGCCCGGACCAUCCCUUUAAGUCAUUGAAGCUUAACUGUAAGUUGAAUCAUAGUUUGACUUAUCCACCUUUAAUCCUUCUUCACCUGUGUUAUUUCAAUGGGUUGCAUGAUCAUUUUAUUUUUUUAGAAUUCAAUUCAGAAGAUUGAGUUAUAUUUUUUUCAAUCCUGUCUUUCUUGAUAAAAGGGGCAUUAUCAUGAAAUUGGGGACGACCAUUCAUUUGUAAAUCAGGGCUUUUUGUUCAGUCACAUGCACCGGUUCCCCAUUUCCAACUCCAUUCACUUUGCACUCAUGUCAGCAUACAAUCAGCGUGUGGUGCCCCAAAACCACAAUUUGGCCUUGAAGGGAAAGAAGAAAUUAAGAAGAAAGGAAUUUGAUGUACCAAAUUAAAAUUGCAAUACAUUGUCAUUAAUAUCAUUGGUCUAGUGUUUCUAUAUUUACUAGGAAUGUAAGUCAUUGCAUAAUGUCCUCUGAUUUUACUCAGUUGCAACAGAUGUUUGUAUUCACUUUUUACUCAACUUCCUAAUCUCUCUCUCUUAAAUCUCUUAACCCUAAAAAGAC